AUGGCCGUGCAAGCUGGCCUGGCACUUCUCAUAUCCCCCUGGGCAUCUAGGACGCGGACGGCAAGCCAGUCGAUUCUUCCAGUCUGCUCUGGCCUCCGACACGUUCCAGCGCGGCGUCGGGCGCAUGCUGCGUUGCAGCGGCCCCAACAUGUCGGGUGGGUUCCCAGCCGCAUGGAAGCACGGACGCACGCUUCCACAAGCUCCGGACAUGCCCAAGCUCCGAGCAGUUUUCAUCGCAGUUGUGGACUGAGGGCGGGUCAAUUUGUCUGCUUUGGAUACCCCGGGUAUAGUUUGCAAGCAGAGUUGGGGCCAGUUGUGGCAGUUUCAGCGGGUGAAUCGCACUCCUGUGCAUUGCGGGCAGAUGGUCAGCUAGUCUGCUUCGGAGACAGCGAAAACGGACAGUGCGAGGUGCCGCCGGAUUUGGGACCGGUUGUGGCAGUUUCAGCAGGCUAUCGUCAUACAUGCGCAGUGCGGACAGAUGGUCAGUUAGUCUGCUUCGGAGACAGCAGGUAUGGGCAGUGUGAUGUGCCAAUUGAUUUGGGAGCGGUUGUGGCAGUCUCUGCAGGGAGUCUGCAUACAUGUGCCGUGAGGACAGAUGGUCAGCUAGUCUGCUUCGGAGGCAGCAAUAAAUAUGGCCAGUGCGAUGUGCCAGCAGAUUUGGAACCAUUCGUGGCAGUUUCAGCGGGCAACACCCAUACAUGUGCAGUGCGCGCAGAUGGUGAGCUAGUCUGCUUCGGAGACAGUGAAAACGGACAGUGCGACGUGCCGCCGGAUUUGGGACCAGUUGUGGCAGCUUCCGCAGGCUACCGGCAUACCUGUGCAGUGCAGGAAGACGGUCAUCUAUUUUGCUUCGGAGACACUGAAGAUGGGCAGUGUAAUGUUCCAGCAGACUUGGGACCCGUUGUUGCAGCUUCAGCAGGCUAUCGCCACACCUGCGCACUGCGGGAAGGUGGUCGGUUAGUCUGUUUCGGACACAGCAGGUAUGGGCAGUGCGAUGUGCCAAUCGAUUUGGGACCGGUUGCAGCAGUCUCAGCAGGUAGUUUUUACACCUGCGCUGUGCGGACGAAAUGGACGGCUCAUGACCGUACCGAGCAGAUGGUUGCCGAUGCCGAGGCAAGGUCGCAGAGUCGCUAUCGAAGCUGGGCUUUGGCCUCCGAGGUUCCAAAGGAUGCGCGGGCUUGGAAGGAGAGAGUCCUACCAUUCUUCGACGACUUCGCGUCGACUUGCUCCUCUUUGCGUCAGGCGCCAACUUUUUCGGAGGAUUAUCUCGAGGCUGAGAACAUCGUCGAGGCGAGCGUACGGCUUCCUGUCGUCAGUGCGCAGCUGAGCGAAGACGAGCUCGAGGCACCACCACAGGCGCCGCAGACGGCCGACGAGGUGGGACAGUGGCUCGCCCGCCACGAUGUGCUGCAGACGCUCAAGAGUGAUGAUGGGAUGAACCCAGCAUGUUCCUGCGGAUGGAAGUCGGGAUUCCGCAGGGAGCCGAUGACGAUGGAGGAAGUCCUUCGAGUCCGGAUCCUUGAGCGCGCGAAUGCCAGCUUCGCGCGGAGGGCCAAAGCCAUGCGAACGACGCGGUAA